AUGGAAGAGGAGGAGGAGGACAACCAGCUGGCCUUCCUGGAUUUUGGUGGACUAAAGAACAAAGACGGGUAUUCAAAGCCAAUGGUUACCCGCGCAACCUUGUCAACCGGUGCAAAAAGGCCUAACCGCAUGGACACCAAAUCUUGGCGUACGUUUCCGUAUGCCAAGAAGGUUUCGGAAGCUGUCGGCCGCCUUCUCGCACCACUUGAGUUUGGAAUUGCACACAGAGUGGAGGCCACCAUGAGGCGUCAGGCGAUGAGACCAAAAGAUCCACUGCCACGGCAAGAAACAUCUGUAGUCGUUUACCGGAUCUGGUGCAGUUGUGGACAAAGUAACUACGCAGAGAAACCGGAAGACUGCUCCGGGAGCGAAUCGCCGAACACGUGGCAGCUGUACGGAGAAAUGACGUCAGCUCUCAGGUCGCGGUCCAUUCGAUGAGACCCGGCCACACAUUCAAGUUCGGGGACGUCGAAAUUCUCGCGAGAGGGGAUAAUCGCGUGAGCCGCGAGUUGCCUGAGUCAUGCUUCAAAGGACCUCAGUCUAUCAACAAGUGCAACGACAUCCCCACACCAUAUUUCGUGUUGAGGCAUAGGCUGGUGAAAGUAAUCGACCACUCGGGGAGCGCGCAUACCUGUGGUGAGGUACCUGACUGUGUCGAUCGAUAUACCCGCUGGGCUGAAGCAAUUCCUUUGCCGAAUGUUCAGGCUGAAACCAUCGUGAAGGCCUUUGUCAGUCGUUGGGUCGCCAUAUUCGGUGCCCCAUCCACGGUUACGACUGAUCAUGGUGACCAGUUUAAGUCGGCACUCUUCCAAUCGCUACUCAAUUUCCUUGGCUGCACACACAUUCGGACGACAGCCUACCACCCCGCUGCCAACGGUAUGGUGGAAAGUUUCCAUCGCCAGCUCAAGACCGCCCUGCGUGCCGUAGAAGACCCAGGAAACUGGUCGGACAACCUUCCUCUUGCACUCCUCGGCAUCGCGCAGCUCUGAAGUCCGAUCUGGGCUGUAGCGCAACUGAAUUGGUUUUCGGCACUACCCAGCGACUGCCAGGCGAUAUGAUCACCCCAACCUCUCGUGGAGCCGACGAGACUCCUGACAAUCUUGUGCACCGUUUGCGGCAAUUUAUGCGCUCGCUUUCCCCGGCUCCACCUCGAGCUCCAAUGAGUGAGUCUUAUGUCGAAAAAGACAUGGACAAGUGUAUUCAUGUGUUUGUUCGGUGUGACCGCGUGCGUCAGCCGCUGGAAUCACCAUACGAAAGACCGUUCCGCGUGCUCGCGCGCAACACCAAGACCUUCCGUAUCCUUCGCAGUGACAAGGAGGACGUGGUCAAUGUCGAUCGGGUAAAGGCUGCUGCUGCAGAGGAGCCGCCGGACCGGUCCCAAGGACAAAAAUGUGCUGACCCCGUAACUCCUGCUCCUCCAUCUUCCCUAUCCCCUGCUCAUUCACCCUGCCCACUGCCUUGCCCUUCCCCUCCCUUGCCCUCCACCCCUUCGUCCCGCAUACUUCCUCUCCCUACAUGUCAACAGCAUCCAACUGCAACACCAUCGUCCACCACAGCACGCAGUCAACCCUAUUCGACUCUACCUCCUACAUACAUAACUCGCAGUGGCCGUCACGUUCAUUUUCCCGAUCGUUUAGUUAGGCAUUUUUUCUAGACUUGUGCAUAUCAUCCGGCGCCGUAUCCCGUCGCCCUCCGGUCUAGAAGGGGUAUACUGUGGUGAGGUACCUGACUAAUUUACCUUUGACAAUUUAGUCCCAUUUUCUUUGAUCGCAUUGCUUGUUUGAAUGUGACGAAAAAGGACACACCUGCACAACCCGCCUUGCUUACGUGCUCUUCUGUGGUAUCCUGUUGUCAGUUUUCUUAACGUUCAAAAAUCUCUAUAUUAUUCACUGCUCCGAUUUACUUGCUGCAUUUAAGUCUAGGGGCUCGUGAGAUAUAACUCGUUAGUUCGUGAGAACAUUACAAUUUUCAACACUGGUGACUCCCGACGUUAGCGCAGACUUAAGUUCUUUCCAUCUGUAACAUUUAAUGACAUUUAACGUCCUGUAUUUAUUUGCUAAAUUUUAGUUCAUUUACAUUUCCCGCUAACCUUUUCAUGAUAUUGUGCUACCUAUAUUUUGCUUAUAUGUCUUCCUCAACUCAACAACCUGGCGUUCCUGCCGAGUCUGUUCAUGCCGUCCAUUUCACUUUGCCUGAUUUCCGGCAACACGCCUCCGAACUUUAUUUUAUUCGCAUUCAGUCAACCUUUUACUCCGCCAACAUUACGAAGGAGUUGUCGAAAUACCACAAACUUGUGGAGGUUUCCCACGCCAAUAUUAUCUCACAAGUUCAACCCUUGUUAGUGAAACCCCCUGCAGACGCUCCGUAUUCUGCUCUGAAGGCGGAAAUCCUUCGUCUCAAUGCUGUAUCUGACCGACAACGCUACCACCAGUUGAUCAAGGAGGAAUCCCUGGGCGACCGAAAGCCCUCGGAACUUCUCCGACGAAUGCGUACUCUCUUAGGAGACAUGCAGGUCGACGAUAAACUCGUUAACGAGAUGUUUCUAGAGCGGCUGCCUGCAGAUGUCAAAACGAUUUAGGCAUCCGACUCGCAAGACCUUACACUUUCACAUCUUACUGAAAUGGCAGACCGAAUGAUAGAGGUUCAAGGGUUCCAGCCUCCUUCAGUUGCUCAGAUUUCCACAUCCGCUUCAACGGUUAACGAGCAGUUACUGCAACAGAUGUCGGCUAUGGCGAAUGAGAUAGCUUCCUUAAAACUACAGCUUGCACGCAUUACCUGAAGUCGCUAACCCAGCAGUCAUCGUUCACGUUCGCGACCUUGCACAGCCAAUUUGUGUUGGUAUCACGCAAACGUUGCCGCCAAGGCUCGCAAAUGUUCUUCCCCUUGUUCAUUUAAACCGAAACAGGGAAACCAACCAGCCAGAGAAUAGACGCGACCGUUUUCUCUGGCUCUCCCAGCUCUGGUCGCACCUUUUAUGUCUGCGACAGUGUGACUCCAGGCGCUUCCUGGUGGACACCGGAGGCCAGAUCAGCGUGGUUCCCCCACUCCAGUUGACCGCCGCUGUCCCAGCCCUGGUCUACAUCUCCAAGCUGCAAACUGUUCCCCCAUUUCCACUUUUGGUAGUCGUUCUCUAACGCUAAACAUUGGUUUACGUCAAUCAUUCUCCUGGAUAUUUGUGAUUGCCGAUGUGCCUCAUGUGAUCCUUGGUUCCGACUUCCUAGCCGAGUUUGAUCUCUUUGUUGACUGUCGGCGUUUCUGUCUCCUCGACCGCACAACUGGUCUUUCUGUCCGCGGUCUUACACCCUUUAAUGACUCCUGCAAUUUAUCUUUUCUGAACACAGGCAUUGCUUGCCCAUAUCGAGACCUGCUCCUCCAACACCCCAACAUAAUCAAACCCCAAUUUCGCUGUGGUGAGAUUCAGCAUGACGUUGUCCACCACAUUCGCACCUCUGACCCCCCAGUAUUCGCACGGCCUAGACGACUGGCUCCGUCCCGUCUGCAAGCGGCGAAGGCCGAAUUUGAGCACAUGCUGCAACUGGGCAGAAUUCGCCCGUCCGAGAGUCCAUGGGCGUCCCCUCUGCAUAUGGUGCCCAAGGCGACAUCAGACGACUGGCGGCCCUGUGGUGACUAUCGCGCCCUCAACAAUGCGACCAUCCCGGAUCGUUAUCCCGUCCCUCAUCUUCAAGAUUUUGCUGAAACUCUUUUCGCAAAUCGGUUUUCUCAAAGAUUGACCUUGUUCGUGCCUUCCAUCAGAUUCCUGUCGCUCCUGAGAAUGUUCCCAAAACUGCCGUCACCACACCAUUCGGCCUGUUCGAAUUUGUUCGCAUGCCAUUUGGUUUUCGCAAUGCUGCCCAAACAUUUCAGAGGUUCAUUGACCGAGUCCUACGUGGUCUCCCGUUUGUGUACGCCUACAUCGAUGACCUCUUGAUGGCCAGUCGAAAUGCCGAGGAACACAAAGAGCAUCUCGCUUUAAUGUUUGACCGCCUCGAUCAGUUUGGCGUGGUCAUUAACCCUUCAAAGUGUGUUCUGGGUGUGCCGUCCCUUGAUUUUCUUGGUCACCAUGUCGAUGCACAAGGUUUGCGUCCCCUCUCUUCCACGGUUGAGGCCAUUCGUGACUUUCCUCCCCCAACCUCCAAGCGUCAGUUGCAACGUUUCCUUGGCAUGGUAAACUUUUAUCGCCGGUUCCUACCGAAUUGUGCCGACCUUAUGCUGCAACUCACCAACUUGCUCUCUGGUCCCAAGGGUCCCCUUGAGUUACGUGGCCACGCGCUGACUGCAUUUGAGAGACUAAAGACCGCCCUUGCUGAUGCUACCUUGCUCACUCAUCCUGCUCCAGAAGCCCCAUUGUCCCUGAUGGUUGAUGAUUCAACCGUUGCCGUAGGAGCAGUCCUCCAACAGCAUAUCAACAACUCGACACGACCGUCGGCAUUCUUCUCCAAGAAGCUUUCACCUGCCGAGACGAGAUAUAGCACGUUUGGCCGUGAACUUCUUGCCAUUUACCUAGACGUAAAACAUUUCCGACACUUCCUUGAGGGUCGUGACUUCACAAUUUUCACGGACCACAACCCACUUACAUUUGCCAUCCGAUCCCAUUCUGACAAAUAUAACCCGGAGGGAUUUCUCAUUUGGAUUACAUCUCGCGAUUCACCACCGAUAUCCGCCACAUUGAUGGCCCGAAGAAUGCGGUGGCCGACAUGCUGUCCAGACCUUCCCUUUCGGCGUUUCAGUUCUCAGACGGGAUUCAUCUUGGUGCUAUGA